AUGCCUGAAGAUUAUAGAUGGAGAAGUGGAGGUGGGGGCCAAUGUGAUAAGAUACAAGAAUGGAGGGACAGAGUUGCAAAGGGCUUUGAAGGUGAAGAUAACCAGCUUACAAGUGAAAAACAUAAAGACAAGAAACCUAUGAAAGGUAUUAUGAGUUCAGUGUCGGAAUUCAGCAUCACAGACGCUCCAUCCAAGGACACCAAAAAUGAGAAGAAAUUGUCAGACUCUAGUACAUCAUCAUUAUCUUCCCUUGAGAAGUGCAGGACACAAUUCACCUACAUCGAAAAUGAUGCAUCAGUUCAUCAGAGAGACAGUGAUGAUGAAUGUGCAUCUCUUAUCCUGGCCUGCUUGUUCUGCCAAUUUUGGGACUUUCUUAUAAUGCUGCCUAAUACCUGUGAAAAUUGGUUGAUAAAUAUGUGCUGUCCAUCCUAUAGAUAUCACCAUACCUCCAGUGAAAACCACUCCAACAAUGACUGUAACUGUGACUGUGACAUUGAUUGCAGCAUUUUUGAAUCCUGUCACGAAACCAGUGAAUGUCUGGAACUUGCCUUGGAGAUUUCUGAAGUCUGUUAUCGCUAA